AUGGAGGCUCAUAUUGCGUCUCAACAUGCAAGGUCUGAAGAUUCAACACUAAAGGAGUCACCAAGCCAAGAGGUUGUAGAUAUUGCCUCUCACCAUGAACAAUCUGAAGUUUCAGCACAGGUGGCACAUCUGGAGAGAGUGAAAGAGUCACUUAAGGAAGACACAACUUUAGAUGAAUAUAUUCUUGAAAGUUGGAGGCAGGAGGACAGCCAGUUUGUCCCUACGACAGCAAGUCAAUUUGUAGAAGAUAAGAUUAAAAGUCAAAAUCUUGUCACAGUUGUCGGUAAUUCUGGAUGCGGGAAAACGGCAGUCAUCCAGCACAUUGCACUUAAAUUAAAAGAAGAAGGAUGGGUUAUCAAACCUGUCGAUGAGGUCAGAGAAAUAAAAGACUUAUUUUCUACUGCAAGUUUACCACAUAAUGAAACACUGUUUGUCCUAAAUGAUCCUAUUGGUAAAGAGACUUUAGAUGAAAUUUCAUAUAAUUCAUGGAAAACAUAUGAGAAAACAAUAGUGACUCGCUUGGAGAAAGUUAAAUUAUUGGUAUCAUGUAGAAAAAGUGUCAUUAGUGACAAGAGAUUAGAAGGGAUUCUGAAAAAGGACUCCAACAUAGUAGAAAUUGACAACGACAAAUUGAAACUGUCAGCAAAGGAAAAAGAGGAGAUCUUAGAGAAAUACUGCCAUCAUAUGCAUUUGUCUAAAGAAACUAUUAAAGACAUUGUUAAAACAGAGGCUUAUUUUCCCUUGCUUUGUAAUUUUUUUUCAAACAAACAAAAUUGCAACAAGGAAGGAGUAAGUUUAUUUAAACAUCCCUUUAAUAUCAUUAAAAAAGACAUUGAACGUUUGAAAGAAUUAGACAAAAGGAAAUAUUGCGGCUUAAUUUUGAUUGCAGUCGUUAACAAUAAUUUGAAUGUCGAAACUAUUAGGAGGAAUGAAAAUUCUUUAGAGAAAUACAGAAUCAUAUUAGGAAUAUGUGAGCUACCGGAAAAUACAAAUAUAUCAGUCAUUCGCAAUGCACUCCAACAACUAAAAGGGUCUUAUGUCAAACGUGUCGGACACACUUUCCAAUUCCUUCACGACUUUAUUAUGGAGAUAACAACCCUUGUGUGUGGUGUUGAUUGUCCACAAGAGACAAUACAGUACGCACACAGUGGUUUUCUGAGACGUCGGGUGAAGAUAGAAGACGAUACAGAAAAGGAAGAUCGCGAUCCCUUCACUGUUUACCUUCCUGAAGAGUACAUUGGGGAUCUUGUGGACAGGUUUAUCAUUGACAUGCAAACAGAACAUAUUGUAGAUGUUCUACUCAAUCCAUGUUUAAGGAAAGAGAAUGUCAUCAAAUGUUUUAAGGAAAAAGUAGAUUCGCUUCGAAAGAUUCUUGUCAGAAUUAAGUGUGAAAUAGAUAGAUCGGAAUUUGAAAGCUCGUUCAAACGCUUUGGUUUGUCUAGACUUGGUUUCUUAAUUGAUUUAAAAGAAGAAAUAUGUCCUUUGAUUGGAUUCAUAAUAUUUUGUCAUGAUGACAUUUCUUCAUUUUUCUUGAAUAAACUAAAUCAAACAAUGUUAAAAGAUUACCAUAUCGUUUCUGCCUUAUGUGCAAAUGGUAAGACAAGCCUAUUAAAUUCUCUCAGCGAGGAAUACAAAAAAAACAGCAAUGAUGGGGAAUUAGUAAGACUUGGUGCUGACGUUAACGAGUUCACAACUAAUGACAAAUGGACUCCAUUAUCACUUGCUGCUGCAAAUGACGAGGAUCAUUUAAAAGAGGCCGGGAUCGACACAAAAACUGGAGAAAGACCUUGUCAAAAUGGACAUGAGAACACGGUGCAACUGUUACUGACCAAUGGUUCCGACAUCAAUUUAUGUGAAAAUAAUAGAGCCACUCCACUUCAUAUAGUUUGUUAUAAGGGUCAUGAUAGCAUGGUACAACUGUUACUAAACAACGGUGCCGACAUCAAUCGAUGUUAUAAUGAUGUAGCCAGUGCCCUUCAUAUAGCUUGUGAAAAUGGACAUCAUAGCACAGUGCGACUGUUACUGAAGAACGGUGCCAACAUCAAUAUAUGUGAUAAUAAUGGAGUCAGUCCUCUUUUUGUGUCUUGUCAAAAAGGACAUUAUAGCACGGUUCAACUGUUACUGAACAACGGUGCCGACAUUAAUUUAUGUGAAAAUGAUGGAUACAGUCCUCUUUGUGUAGCUUGUUUUAAUGGACAUGAUAGCACAGUAAAAGUGUUACUGAAGAGUGGUGCCGACAUCAAUUUAUGUAACAAGAACGGAUUCAGUCCUCUUUGUGUAUCCUGUUAUAAUGGACAUGAUUUCACGGUACAACUGUUACUGAAAAAUUGUGCUGACAUCAAUUUUUGUGAUAAUGAAGGCAAUAGUCCCCUUUUUUUAGCUUGUUAUAAGGGACAUGAUUGCACGGUAAAAGUGUUACUGGACAACGGUGCUGAUGUCAAUAUACGAAACAAGAACGGUGAAUGUCCUCUGUCGAUAGCUAAAAGGAAUGGACAUGACAAAACAGUCCAACUGUUAAUUGACAAUGGUGCCUCAUAA